CUCCACCCGCGCCGUCCUCGCCGACCUCGCAGUCGAGCGUCACGAGGUCGCCGUGACAGCUCGGGCGGUCAUUCAGUCGAGGUCGAGCGGUGAGCGUCGGGGCUCUGCCAUUCACUCACACCAUCCUUCCUGCCCCACCCCGCCCACACAAUGUCCGCCAACUUCCCCAUCCUGUCCGAGCCCAAAACAUCGCUGGGCCAUCAUCGCCUCCUGUCGUCACGCAGCUCAGUCCGCGUCUCACCGCUAUGCCUCGGGGCCAUGCAGUUAGGCACGGCGUGGAACGAGACGCUCAAUUCGGGCUUGGACGAAAAGGAGUCGCACGACUUCCUCGACGCUUGGUGGGACAAGGGCGGUAAUUUCAUCGAUACAGCGAAUGCUUACACUCGUGGCGAGUCGGAACGCAUCCUUGGCAGUUGGAUGACCUCGCGCAAGAAUCGGGAGGAGAUCGUUCUCGCUACCAAGUUCACGGCACGAUGGCGAGACCAGCGUGACGGGGCCCGCAUCAUGUCCAACUUCACGGGCAAUUCGACUAAAUCGCUCCGCCAUUCGCUAGACGCUUCGCUGCGUAACCUUCAGACAAACUACGUCGAUGUGCUCUACGUCCACUUGUGGGACUGGUCGACGAGCAUCCCAGAGCUCAUGCAGGCCCUCCAUCGCGAGGUCACGGCAAGGAGGGUCGACUACCUAGGCGUGUCCGACACACCUGCGUGGGUGGUAGCCGCAGCCAAUGAGUAUGCAAACGCCAAUGCCCUCACGCCAUUUGUGGUGUACCAGGGCAAGUGGAAUGCGCUGGACCGCGACCUCGAGCGUGAUAUCCUCCCCAUGUGCCGCCACUACGGAAUGGCCAUCGCACCCUGGGCUGCCCUCGGUCAAGGACGCUUCCGCACGCCCGAGCAGCUUGCUCAGAGAGAAAAGGAGUUUGGCAAGCCUGUCCGCGGAGGAGGGCAGAGUGACGAAGAGGCUCGUAUUGCGCGCACACUGGAUGAGGUGGCCAAGGAGGUCGGGCAAGGAGCGACCAUUACGCAGAUUGCGCUGGCGUAUUGCUUUGCAAAAUCGCCGUACGUCUUCCCCAUCGUAGGCGGUACCAAGCUUUCCUACAUCGACGACAACAUCCGCGCCAUCGACCUGCGUCUCACUCCCGACCAACUCGCCAAGAUUGAGGCGGCAGCCCCGCUCAACAAGGGUUUCCCUUACUCAAUGACCGGCGAUGAUAAUCCCGCCACUGGCGCCAAAUCGGGAGCAUUUUCGCAGAUGGGCGGGCCAGUGGACUUUGUGAAGGGUCCGACGAGUAUGCACUUGGAGGCGAAAAAGUGAGAGGGCACGGCGGCAAGCAUGUUUCCAGGUCAGAGAGGGGAGAAUCGUGCACAGAAGCGCAUUGUGGACGCAAUGGCAUCACUCGUGUCCCAAUAUCUCUGGCAUGUAUUCCUUUGAUACCAGGACGGGAAGACGUGAGAUCGCGGCCAUGCCUGAUCAGGAGGGGCGAGACCACGAAGGUCACGCAGCUACGGUAGGCGAGACGACGUGCUCAUCUUAGAUUAAGAGCUGGGGCCGGCACGAGCA